AUGAGCCUACCUCAACAAUCUGUCUACGUGAUCGUUCCAUACCCAGGGCCCUCGAUUGAAAGUGAUCGACUUCUUCUUCGGCCAGUUACCGACAGUGAUGCCCCCGCACUUUUCGCCAUUCGUUCCCGGCCCGAAGUGGCAGAAAUGAACUCUCCCAAUAUACCAUUCAAAUCAAUUGAAGAAACCCGUGAAUGGAUGGCAACCAAGGUGUUCAGGAAUGGUCCACCUGAUAUUAUCGGGCGUUCAUUCAAUUAUGCCAUUGUGGACAAGUCAAUCCCAGAAACAGAGGAGCGAGUUGUUGGAUCUCUCAGCAUCAAUCAGGUAGACCCCUUUCCUGAGAUUGGAUACGCAGUGCAUCCAAACUCUUGGGGGAAAGGGUACGCGACAGAGGCUGUGCAGUUGAUGUUGAAGAUGUGGUGGAAUCUGGCGCGUCGGGCAGUUGAGGGAGAAGAUGCUUAUCUACCACAGGCUGAAAAAGCCUUUGCUCUUUGCGAAAAGAUGAAUGCUGGCAGUCGCCGUGUCCUAGAAAAGUGCGGCUUCAAGGUCGUGGGUGAUUUCCAAGAAGAUGGAGAUGACCUUUUUAUUUUUGCGCUAGAGCGUCCAUGA